AUGCUGUCCUCCAACGCCACAGAACAGUGUACAGAAAGAUAUAUGGACCCUGAGCCAACCUAUCCUCUCCAGGCUCCCCUGCGGGGGCGAUCCCCUCCUCCUCCUGGCCAACAGCCAUUGAUCCAGGUGCUACUUCCCAUCCUCCUGACUCCUGGCGCCCACGCUGGUACCUGCGGGGCAGCUCCCCACCCAACCCCUCAACCCCGCAGCAAAUCAGGGCCUGGGGCCUGGGGCAGGGCACGUGGAGAACAGGUUGAUGCGGUUCUCCCGGAAGUGUGGCCGGACAAUGACCUUGUUGAAAAUGUCACCCGGGCCCUGGCCAGACAGCUCAAUCCCCGAGGGGACCUGACCCCCCUGGACAGCCUCAUUGACUUCAAGCGCUUCCACCCCUUCUGCCUGGUCCUGAGGAAGAGGAAAAGCACGUUGUUCUGGGGUGCCCGUUACGUCCCCACUGACUACACCCUUCUAGACCUGCUUCAGCCAGGAACCUCACCUUCAGAUCCAUCAGACACGGGGAACUUCUCUUUCAAGAAGAUGCUGGAUGCCCGCCUGGAAGGUGAAGUAGAUGUCCCCAAAACAGUGAAAGUCAAAGGGACCGCAGGGCUCUCACACAGCAGUACACUAGAGGUUCAGUCUCUCAGCAUUUCCCCUAAAGCCCUGGACGACUUACAGAAGGACAGGAAGCUUGUACCAGAGCACUCAUUCCUAAAGGAGAUAAAGGAACGAGGGGAGAACCUGUAUGUGGUGAUGGAAGUUGUGGAAACUGUGAAGGAGAUCACCCUGGAGAAUGCUGGGAAAGCUUCAGGAUCCUUCUCCCUCCCCUUCUUUGCCCCUUUGGGCCUGCAGGGAACCAUAGACCACAAGGAGGCUAUCACCAUCCCCAAGGAGUGUGUCCUAGCCUAUCGAGUGAGGCAGCUGGUAGUCAAAGGAAAGGAUGACUGGGACAUUCCCCACGUCUCCAACGAGAUGAAAACCUUCCCUACUGAAGAAAAGCCUGAAGAGAAAAUAUUCACCUUUAUCCAGACAUCUGAUAUUUGUAAGGAGAUUUCUGAAGUUCCAGAAGAUUUUGGGUCGCUUAAGAAAGAAGUGCAGAGUGAGGCCCAGGAGGUGGACAAGUUGAGUGGGGAAGGGCAGAAGUCGCUACUCAAGUCCCUCAGAAGCCUUCUGGGGAAGAAACAAGUCCUCCAAGACUUAGAACGAGCGUUUGAAGAAGCUCUGAACAAGGGGCAUCCUGUGGACUGUGGAGGCCCAGCCCAAAAAGACAUUGAACUCUCCCGUGAUGUUGUAGAAGGCGUUCUGUAUUUCCUUGGAGCCCUGACAGAACUGAGUGAAGCCCAACAUAAGCUACUAGCAAAGUCCAUGGAGAUGAAGAUCUUGCCUCUGCAGCUGAAGCUGGUGGAGAGUGUUAUGGAGCAGAACUUUCCACGGACUGAGGAAGGUUUAUUUCCCCUGAAGCCUGAGCUCCUAUCCUCCCUUGGAGAUGAGGAACUGACCUUCACUGAGGCUCUGGUGGGGCUAAGUGGCCUGGAAAUGCAGAGAUCAGGCCUCAAGUAUAACUGGGACCCUGACACACUCCCCCAACUCUGUGCCCUGUAUGCCAGCCUCUCCUUCCUACAGCUGCUAACCAAGCACUCCUAAACUCUUCUUGGCCCUGCUUCCUGCCUCUCUUCUCUUAGGCUACCUUCCCUCAAGCUCCUUUCUCUCUGUUCUUACUCCUAUAACAUUCAGAACCACCAACUGACAGUGUUACUGAAGAUGAAAGAAACCUCAUUCACACAGAGUAUUUUAGGUCCAAGGCCCCUAAUCUCUGCCCUUCCUGCCACUGUCCAACAGCUGAAACUUACACCCUCUAAAAGAAGUGUAUCCUUUAGAAAAAGAAACCAACCAACAAAAAAUCUAAAAAUCACUUGAAGGAAAAAUAUAACCUAGCCUACUCACUUUUACUUGUCCCCCCAAAAAAAUAAACCUUGUUAGAAUGGCAAGAAUGGGGUUUCUUUAAUUAUCUCUUUUGCUUUGUUUUUAAUUAUCACAUGUGAAUCAUUAAUUUAUGCCAGAAAGGGAAAUAUAAUACAGAGUCAAAUGGCUCCAUCUUUGUAGACCUUUUUGUAAAAGAUUCAUUUACACAAGGGCUCAGGGAAACUUGACAAGAUUUUCUCACUCUCAUAGUCCCCACCCAAGACAUCUGAAAAACUAUCUGUAUAAUACCUUCCAAUAUACUGAGCCCAUUUCCUCAUGUGUUCUCAAGAGUUCAAAAGAAAAAUUUAUUAAAAAGAGGAAAAUAGCCUUGAAAUUGAAUCCCAAAGAUAUGUCAAUCACGAGCCACAGCCAAAUACAAGGACUUCUGUAGUAAAUCAUCUCCUAUACCUAGUUCAGUCUGGACUGAUGCUCCCUUUUGGGAGCAAGUAAGAUGGAAAGAUAGAUUUCUUUUCUCUCUCUGACUUCUAGCCAUUCUACAAUCCCCAGGCCAAUCCACCAAUUAGUCAGAUGAAGUGAGGCUAGAUUCAAGAUAUCAACCUUUGUGUCCUUACAUCCCCACCCCCAAAGCAAACAAACCAAAACCCAACUCCAGAAACCUACUCCUCUCCCCAAUUGUCAGGACUGCUCUCUGUAGAUCUUCCCUUCUUUUUCUGUCCCAUUCCCACCAGUUAUUAUCCCAAACCAUCACCAUGUAUAACUUCUAGCAGACACAAUUUUAUUCUCUCCAGUUCUCAAACAGGAAAAGGAAUGCAGAAGAGAAAGGGUCCAGGACCAGAUACCUUAUGAACAUUAAUCAUACUAGAAGAGUAUUUACAAACUAAUUGGAGGAAGCACCAACAUGGCAUGGACAUUUUGAGAACUCUUGCUCAAAAACGAGGACAGAAAGCAGCAGAAGUUGAGGGAGUAUGAAAUAUCAGGUCCAGAAAUGGGAAACAUCUCCAAAUAGAAUCCAAUCAGGAGCUCUUUGAGAAGUAGGAGGCUAGAGUAAGGGCAGUGUUGAACAGGAAAGACCAAGAAGUUGGACAUUACUUCAGAAGUAGCAGCAGUACAACCUUCCAAAAUGACUCAGAUGAAGAGUCUAAAACUGCAUGAAGGGAAAACCCAGAUAUAAGAUUAACCCAGAAAAUUUCAGAGUCACUAUAUUACUAAGGGUCAUGUCCUCAUUAUCAUUCAGCCUUGUCUGAUCAGAAGUGGUCAUGGAUUAUUAGAAAGACAACCAGCCUAUGUAAUAUACAUUAAAACCUAAUAAAAGGUCUUGGGUUCACAACACCCCUGACUCAACUGGGAUUUUAACUAAACUCAAAAAUAAAAAUAUUGAAGCCACAACUGAUAUGCCAGUCGACAAGGCUUUAUUAAGCGUUUACUAUGUGCCAGAAACUGUGCUACGUGCUGGGAAUACAAAGAAAGGUGAAAAAUGGGCCCAGUGCUCUCAAGGAGAUCAGUUUAAUGAUAGAGACAAUGUGCAAGCAACUAUGUUCGAAAAAGAUAUAUACAGGAUAAAUGGGAGGUAGAGAGAAGGCACUAAGAAUAAGAAGGACUGGGAAUAGUUUAUCGAAGAAAGUCCAGUUUGUUUACCUUUUGUUAAGGGAAGGAAUCAUUGUUGGGAAGAAAGAGAUUGUUUCUUGGAAAUUGUUGUGUCAAAAUAAA